AUGUUUAAUGAUAUUAAUCCAAAAGAAACCGUAAAUGUUUCUUUAGUUUAUCUUUUGCAAUUACAGCAUCUUGCAAUACAAUCCAUUGAAAAGAAGCACCAUGAUUUUUUGGUGAAAAAUAAUG